CAAUUUUUACUUUGCAAAGCUGCAGUAAUCUGCAGAAGGAGAUAGCAUAAUUGAUUUAAAGUUUUAAAACGUUACAGAGUUCUCGGCAGAGUGGUUGCCAGUUUCAAGCAAGAUGAGGAAAUCAGAGCCAGAGUUUCAAGAUGACUUCUACAUCCCCAUCCCUUUAGAAACCAACAAUGUCUCAGCGCUAAGCCCUUACCUGGUCCCCCAGGACCACUUGGGACACCAUGGCGUAUUUAUGGCCAUGGCUGCCUUUAUGUUCUUCCUUUUCAUUGCAGGAACUGCAAUCAACAUCCUUACCAUUGUCUGCACAAUUAAAUUCAAGAAACUCAGAUCUCAUCUUAACUAUAUUCUUGUGAACCUUGCAGUUUCCAACCUGAUUGUGUCAUUUUUCGGCUCCUCAGUAGCAUUCUACUGCUUCUGGGAGAAGUACUUUAUCCUCGGGCUGCUGGGAUGUAAAAUCGAGGGCUUCACUUCAACAAUUGGAGGAAUGGUGAGUUUGUGGUCUCUCGCUGUGGUGGCAUUUGAAAGAUGGCUGGUCAUUUGCAAACCCCUUGGAAACUUUACCUUCAAGACCACUCAUGCCAUCAUUGGCUGUAUCCUUCCUUGGAUUAUUGCAUUGUCAGCCGCAAUUCCUCCACUGUGCGGCUGGAGCCGGUACAUACCCGAAGGUUUGCAGUGCUCUUGUGGUCCUGACUGGUACACGACUGGGAACAAGUACAACAAUGAGUCCUUCGUCAUGUUCUUGUUCUGCUUUUGCUUCGCGGUUCCCUUCAGCACCAUUGUGUUCUGUUAUGGUCAGCUACUCAUCACACUCAAAUCAGCAGCCAAAGCUCAAGCAGAUUCAGCUUCGACCCAGAAGGCCGAAAAGGAGGUGACAAAGAUGGUGGUGGUGAUGGUGUUUGGCUUCUUAUUAUGCUGGGGACCAUAUGCAUGCUUUGCUCUGUGGAUGAUUUCCCAUCGUGGUGAAACAUUUGACCUGAGACUGGCAACCAUCCCAUCCUGCCUUUGCAAAGCCUCUACAGUGUACAACCCUGUUAUCUAUGUCAUGAUGAACAAACAGUUCCGCUCGUGUAUGAUGAAGAUGGUCUGUGGAAAGAAUAUUGAGGAUGAUGAGUCCUCUGCUUCAUCUCAAGUCACCCAGGUCUCCUCUGUUGCACCAGAGAAAUAAACUCAUUCUUGAUGUAACCUCAUAACCACUCUGGCAGUGAAAAUUAUUUUUACAAUGACUGUAAAU